CUUCCCCACUCCUCUCUCCUCCACUUCCCCUUAAGAAAAAAAUAUGAAAAAGAUAUUCAGUUUUGCCAAGAGGAAGCGCGGGUUAUCUCAGAGCACCUCGGACACGGCCAGCGUGGUCUCUGCUGGUUACGAGCUGAAAGACAAGGAUUUGGGGAAACUGCACAAAGCUGCGUCCGCGGGGGAUGUGGCCAAGCUUCGACAACUGAUUAAGAAACAUGACAUAAACCAACUGGACAAAGAGAACAGAACGCCCUUGCAUCUAGCUUGUGCUGGUGGACACGCAGAGAGUGUUGCUUUCCUUGUGGAAAACAAAUCCAAACUCAACAUCUGUGACAAUGACAACCGCUCACCUUUGAUGAAGGCAGUACAAUGCCAACAAGAGCGUUGUGCUCUUAUUUUAUUAGAUCAUGAUGCUGAUCCUAACCUUGUGGACAUUAAUGACAACACUGCUAUGCACCUUGCUGCCCUCAUCCCAAACAUCUCUGUGGCAAUUCACUUACUGGAGCAUGAAGCACGUAUUGAUAUUCGGAACAAGGAAGGCUUUACACCAUUACUGCUGGCAGUUAAUGAGAAUCAUCAGGAAAUGGUAGAGUUCCUCCUUAAAGAAGGAGCAAAUAUCAAUGCCAAGGAUCUAGCUGGGAGAACAUCCCUGAUGCUUGCUGCCAGUACUGGGCAAAUUAGCAUGGUUAAACUGCUUCUACAGUAUGAUGCUGAUAUUACUAUGAAAGAAGAUAAAGGGUGGACUGCAGAUGAUUAUGCAGUUAUGAAUGGCCACCAUGCUUGUUCCCAUCUAAUCAUUGAGCAUGGUACAAAGAAAAAGCUUCAUCAGUCACCUCCAUAUUAUGGAACAAGCAAAGUGAAAGGGGUAUCCAUGUUCAGUAGCCCAGACCGUGCUGCUGAGGCAGCCUUUGCACUUGGGGGACCAGCCACAGACAGAGAAGCGUUUCAGCAGUCUCCAGAGCAGAAGUCGAGAGCAAGUGAGUCUGAGAAAGUGGAAUAUGAUGCAUCUCAGGGGGAAUCAGUCAGUAGGGCCUCGAAUGUUGCAAGCGACUCCUGGCCAUCCUCAGAUGAAGAGGAAGAGCUAGACUUUAGCCCCAAGAAACUUCAAAAACCCAGUUUGGCUAAAUUGGUAAAUGCUUCCCAGCAAAGCAAGAAAAAGAUAAAUGAAAAGGCUAACUCUAGCAAAGUCCAGCAGAUGGCUAUUUCACAUCCACUUAAAUCAAAUGUAGAUAGUGAAGAAGAUUCAGAAGAGGAUAGUGAAGAUGAAGAAGAGAUUAUUGAGAAUUAUGGCUUGCAAACCCAUCCUUCACCCCAUGCCAAGGCAUUAGUUGUUUCCCCUCAAGCUGCUGUUCCUUCACCCAGCUCCUUUGUAGAACCACCUCAGUCGAUUUCUACCCCAUCCAAAGGCUUUAAGCAGGACAGAGUACAAGACGGAUCCUCAGAUGAAGAAGAGGAGGUGGAGGAACAGCAUGUAGGAAAGUUUAGAGAUACAACAAAGGAACCUGUUAUUCAGAAUACAAUUUCCAAUAUUAUUCAACAGGAAAAGGAGGCUUCCCACCAAAAAGUCCAAAGAGAUCUGAUGUCAGAAUUGGGUUUAGAGGAGAUAGAUGGUGAAGAGGACAUUGAAUCGCCUUGGGAUUCUGAGUCUAUUACAGAAAGUCUGAAGAAGAAAUCCAGUGCUUCAUCUUCUGCAAAGGACCAAAUAAAAAUGAACAGCAUUCUUGAGAAUCAGGAUGAUGAUGGGUUUUACAUUCCUUCCUUCUUGAGGGGAUCAAGAGACAGUAGGAUGUCUAAUCUAGAAGGACCAAGGAGUGUAGUUAGGCAAUUAAGCCUGGAAUCACCAGAGGGGAUUGCUGCAGCACAGAUGCCUUCACCAAAGAUUGCGGUAGAUAAACAUAAAUCAGAGUUUGGCAAAGGUGAUGCAGGAGUUAUAGAAGAAACUGAUUGGGAUUCAGAAGAGACAAAUCUUCCCUUAGGAAAAAUUACACCUGAAGUGCACAGUGUUGCGAAAACAACAAUUCAAGCUUCUGGCCCUCAAGAAACUGAGCCGAAAAUGCCUUUAUCAGAGGAAGAAGACGAUGAUGAGGAGAAGUGUGACUGGGAAAGGAAGAAGGUUGAAGAAGAAAAAAGAAAGAAUCUCCAGAAUAGGGAAAGAAACCAACUUGAUGAAAUGAAACUUACUGAGUUAGCAGGAAAAUAUGAGGGCAGUCAACAUCUGCAGGUGAAACAAGUAGCUGAGAAAAUCAUCCAUGAGAAAGUAAACCAAAGAACAGAGCCAAAAUUGCUAAAAGAACAAGUUGGUAAGGAUGGAGACAGACCUAAACAGCAGAAUACCAGUUUAAUUUUCAGAAUAAAUGAAGAGCGGCAAAGAGAAAGCUUUCUUAAAGAGAGAAUAAAAAAACAAAACAUUUUCAAAGGGAUUGAGUUGGGCUCAGAUGAGGAUGAUUAUGAAAACCGUCAACACAAUCAGUGGCCAAAGCAAAUUGGUCAAGAGUUGAAAAGGAAAGACAGAAGACUCGCACUUCAACAGACUUCCUGUGUGAAUGGGGAUUCAUUAUCUGCUUUUUAUGACAGCACUCCAAGCGAAAUGUCUCAGGAUGAAGCAGGAGUUUUGAAAACAGCAACUAAAAAGGCCAGCAGAGUUGUGACUGUUUCUGAUGAUUUGGAUGAUCUCACACAAUCCUCUGACUCUACUGCAGAUAGCUCAGAAUCCCCAGCUUCGGUUUAUAGGAAUGCUCCAUUAUUAAUUGCACAGCUGGGUGCAGAGAAGUUAGAUUCAGUAAGUUUGCUAAAAAUCCAAAACCUGAUGUAUGAGUAUGAGCGAUCAGUUGAGAGAGAAAAGAGCCGCUAUUCCUUACUUUCUGAGAAAGUGAAACAGCUGGAGAAUGAGCGAAAGGAGCACUAUCAAACACUGGAAGAAACUAGAGAAAUGAAAUCCAAGCUGGAGCAUCAGAAAGUGGAGUGGGAGACUGAUCUUAACAGCCUUAGGUUUCGAAUAAAACAAGAGGAGGAGAAACGUAAAAAUGCUGAAAUGCUUUAUGAAAAGAGCCGUGAACAAGUGCAGAAAAAGGAGGCACAAUACUGUAAAGAGAUUGAAGCAAAACAAGAGCUGGAGCAGACUGUGAGGAACUUGGAGAUGGAAAGGAGAACAUUAAUCAGCAAUCUAAAACAGCUUGAUGAAGAACAAAAUGAUUUGCAAAGAGUUUUGAGCCAGGAACGCAGUGCCCGAGUUGUGCACGAAGGAAUUUUCAACAAUCAUCUACGCAAACAACGUGAGAUAGACGAGGAAAACAAGAAAUCAGUAAGCAAGAACACAGAGGCUCUAAUUCAUUUUUCUGAAACGAAUGAACGAGAGAAGGACUUGAUGCAACAGAAUUGUUCACUACAGGAUGAGGUGUCCGUGCUCAAACUCGAACUAGAUCGUGUGCGUGCACGGAAUCAGGAGGAACAAGGAAAAUAUAUGGAGGAGAAUGAGGCACUGAAGGAAAGGCUGGAAUACCUGAAAAAGGACUUGAAGGAUAAUGAAGAAGCUUUGACUCAGACAGCUUUGCAGUGUAAUGGACAGCUUAAUGCUCUGAAGACUGAAACUGCGAUGCUGGCAUCCCAGCUGGAACGUGAGAAGCAAAACAGAGAAAAACUAGAGACUGACAUGGAAAUCAUGCAUUCACGUUUGAACUCAGCACUUCAGGAAAUUGAACUCAGUCAAACAGCAAAAGGUGAUGGCGAAAAGACUUUCCAAAGAGAACGCGACGAAUGGCUUCGUUUAGAUGAGAAGCGGAACCAUGAAAUCUCCAAUCUCCGUGAAACCACUAACAGUUUGUCACAGCAACUGAGCAAAGCUGAAGCUAAGGCUAAUAACCUUGAUAAUGAGUCUCAUCGUGCAACACUUUCCCUGACUGAGAAAAACCUUAUAUUAGAGAGUGUUCAGAGGGACUUGAAUCAGAGUCUGGCUCGUACAAAGGAACUGGAACAUGCUCUUCAUUUAGAGAAAGAACAGAUGAGCAAAUACACAGUACGCCAGGAGUCUAUGCAGGAGAGAUUAGCACAAACUCAAAGUGACAACAUGCUGCUGCGACAGCAAUUGGAAGAUGCGCACAAUAAGGGAAUUAAAAAAGAACAAGCAGUUAGUGAUGUUCAGGAACGGUUCAGUGACAUCUUUUCUAAGCUUCGAGGAGACAGUGAGCGGCAGAUCAAUCUGAUCGAAGAGAGGAAUAAAGAAUUAAUUAUCAGGAACAAUGAGCAAAAGGAACACAUCUAUAAAUUUGAAAAUGAGAAGACCGAAAGAGAGAGUAUAUUGAGGCAACAUCAACAAGAACUAGCUGAUGCACUGAAGAAACUCUCAAUGUCAGAGGCUUCACUGGAGGUCACCACCCGCUACCGUAAUGAACUGGAAGAAGAAAAAACACGUAUGCAGAAGCAAUUAGAUAAAUUGAAAAGUAAGUUGCAAAACACUGAGGAGAAGCAUGUGCAUUCUGAGCGGAGAAUCCAGGAGUUGCAGAACGCUCUGGAUGAAAAAGAACACCAGGUGAUUGCGAGUUCUCAGAAAAUGCAAGAACUUUUGACCGUCUCCUCACAAUCAAAGGAGGGUGCAAAACAACUCGAGGAACAUGUACAACGAUUGGAGAUUGAAAAUGCAAAAUUGGAGGCUCUUGUAAAGCAGAAGACAAGCAGAUCUGAAAUGCUACAGAAAGAGCUCCAGGAGACGGCUUCAAGUCCAGGUUACACAACAGAGAGGAUUGUUGGCCAUUAUGAAGAUACUACUGUUCGUGGUCGGCUUGAAGACUUGGUAACAAGUUUACAAGGAGUAAAGGUCAACUUGGAAGAACAGCUUAAUCAGGAGGUACAAAAGCAAGUUGUGUUGUCACAAACCGCUAAAGAUUCACAUCACCUGUGGGAAGAAGAAUUGAAAUCUCGAUCUAAACUAGGACUCCGACUUUCUAAAUUGGACAGAGAGAAAGAUGAACUGGCCAGUCAGAUUGAAAGUGAAAAGAAAAAAGUUAAAAAAAUUGCCGAGGGUAAGCGAUCAGUGGAAACCAGACUGGAUCAAGAAAUGAAAAGAAAUGCUGAGCUUCAAAAAGAACUAAGCCGAAUGAGAACGCUGUUGAAAGGCACCAAAAAGAAACUGAAGGAGUAUGAGAAUGGAGGCUUUGUCUCCCAACUCAGCAGUAUACGGGGAGAACUGGAUCACCGACACUCUGAAACCGAGGUCACUAUUAAUAAGUUGAAGAGCAAGGUAGAUGAAUUGUCCCAGCAGCUGGAAGUAGAAUAUGUCAAGUGUAGACGUUUGGAAUCUGCCAGUCAGGAACAGAUUGAGCAGGUCGCUUCAAUGAGGUCUUUACAGAGGAACCAUGAUCGACUGGAAAAAAGCAAACAGCAUCUAGAGGAUGAAGUGGCCAGACUGAAGCGUCAGGUUGAAACCAACGUGAUGGAUCAUAGUCACAUGGAACAAUACAAGCGGGAAAUAGAAGAACACGCGCGUAAGGAAAUUAAACAGAAGCUGGAAGAAGUUAACUUAUUCUUGCAGACUCAGCAGGCUUCCCAAGAAGCCUUGGAACAACUAAGAGCCACAAAUGAAGGUACUGUUAGAAACCAACUAGAGCAGAGAAUACGAGACCUGGAAUCAGAGCUGACUAGGGUCAGAUCUUCACAACAAGAUAGCUUGAACCUCAGAGAAUCAGCACAGUCAGAAGUUGAGAGGUACAAGGAAUUGUACACCGAGGAAUUAAAAUCGCGGAAAUCCCUUGCAGCUAAACUUGAUAGAGCAAAUGAAAGGCUGUCAGAAGCCAAUACGAAGCUGCUUAAUGAACGCCAGCGUAGUAAAUCCUUGAUUGCCAGCAGCAUUAUGAAUGGAAGCUUGACAGCGACUCCUGCACUGGACAUGGGUCAACUCCAGAGCGCAAUGGCUAAUAUUGGCAAUAAUAUGGGAACAUUUAAUAGAAACUUUAGCAUUGGAGGUAACUUCCCAAGUCCAGUGGUAGAUGGAAUGUCUUCUACCAACAGAGUGGAGUCUUACUUGACUAAGAUGCAGAAUGCAUUGGAAAAAAAUAUUUCCAAAGAACUCCAUGAAGCCACUGCUGAUUUGGAUGGGAUACCAACUCGAGUCUCGCCGCAGGGAUCUGCUGCCAGCUCCCUUAAGAGCAUCAAUCAAGAUCAGGACCCAGUCACGAGAGCCACACAACAGUACCUGGAGGUUCUGAAGAAAAACUACAUGCUUUGAUUUGAAAAUUACAUGAAUGAAAAAAGCAUUCUGUGUGCAAAGUGGGUCAAGCAACCAAUCUGCCAUCCUACCCAAUGUGAUAAUGUUCCAAGUGUAUAAUCGCUCUAUUUAAGAUAACAUUUCAUUAUGUGCUUAAACGGAGUAGAAUGCGAAUUGUCUUGCAGAAAUAUUGAUGGUUUGUACUCUUGAUUUUGCAUAUUGCACUUACUUGCUCAGGAGGAACACUACAGUUUUAAUAUAUAACUUACACCGAAUGUGUUAUAUUUUAUUUCUCUAAAUGAUACUUGAUCAAGAUCAACUCUUCUUAUGGACCACAAUUCUUCAGUAUGUUACAACUAUUUAACAGGGUUUAGGUAACUCCAUAAUAUGAAAAUGAAUGUAUGGAAAUACACAACUUACAGUAGAAUAUGUGGCAGUUCACCACAUCUUGUUGUAAAGUUGAUUUGUUAUGUAUUACCUUGGUAAAACUGUCAAAUGCAGUAGUUUGUACUAUGUUCAUUCCAUUGUGAGACAGUAUUGUACUUCAGUUUAUCUUGUAAAAUAGUGCCAAGAAUUUUUAUAGGCUUGUGUUUUGCUACAUGCAGUAUACAAAGACAUUGCACUGUGCAACUGUUUCAAAAUUAAAUGCUAAUGUUUACUUCUCGGAGGAAAAGCA